AUGCCCAAGACUGCGAGCCCUUUUGCACGGAAGCGAGAGGCUCCAUCGCCACUGAAGACUGCAAAGCGAAGUACGAGCUCCAGCAAAGUCAGCCGAGCCCAGCAGACGGCCACGGACGAUAAAUUGGAUGAUACGGGUCUGGUCCCGUCAUUGGCACCCAGAGGAAUCCCGCAGGAUGUCAACACGCUUGUUCGACAUACCCACGCCAACAUGUGGACUGAUAUUCCUGAGCAGGCCGCUGGCAUGGGCUCUGAGCGCAUCGGCGAGGUCCUGCGUUUUCGUCGAACGCUGCCGCGUAUAGUGAGUGUCGCGCAUCUACACGCCCUGAGCGCGAGUAGUACUGGGACGGAACGAGAGCUGGCACGCUUGAUCUCGCAAGGCGCCGUGAGGAAAGUCAUUGUACCUGGUCGUGGCAAAGGUGGCGCUGCAGUUGGCGAAGGCAUCGUGCUGGCUGAGGACUGGAAAGCGAGCGUCCGCGAGAGUGGGAGUGUGGAGGAUGAUAUCAAAGACAAGUACCUAGCCCUCAUGGACGCAAACCCUGGCUCCAGCAUCGCACCAACGAGCGAACUCUCGAACGAUGAUGUGCGAGCGCUGGUGCAAGCAGGCUAUCUCAUCUCCACGAGCGCCUUAUCGUCGAGUAUGAACGACUUCUUCGCUCGACCGGGCGCUUCCUCGCUCAGCACGCUCUCUCAAUCUGGCUUCAAAGCUGCCACAGGAACGCUGGCUGCAGUAGGAGGAACUGGCGCUGUGCACGAGAGUGGCGGCGGUGGGAGCACAUUGGCCACCAGCUCGAACCGUCCAGCUCCCGGCGCAAAGUUUCAACACAACAUGCAAACCAUGAGGUUCUCAUUACCAUCAACGGGGGCCUACCUCAAGCUCCUGACUUCCGCUCGACUGCACCUACUUGCGUUGUUGAAGCAGCUCUCGCCGCGGCACAAGGAGGCUACGGUGGAGAUGCUGAGAGAGAAGUGGGAUGGCAACAUCCCGAACGAUGCAUCUAGUCGGGCGAAGCGCGGUCGUGGAGACUGGGCGGGUGUUCUGCCGGGAAAGACCAAGAAGUGGAAGGAGUUCUGGGGGCUUGACUUUCAGUGGAUACUGGAAGAAUGUGUAGGCAGUGGACUAGUGGAGCUGUUCGAGACGGGAAGUGUUGGUCUGGCAGUCAGAGCAAGCUGA